CACCUUCAGCCCUUCUUUGUUCAAGAACUCCAAGAUGUCUGUAAUACUUGUCACUGGAUCUUAUGAUCAUGAGAUCAGGUUCUGGGAAGCGUGGAGUGGAAUCUGUUCGCGUACUAUAGCAAGAUCUGGAGAGUCUGGCCAAGUGAAUCGUCUUGCCAUCUCACCCGACAAACGCCUUUUGGCUGCGGCAAUUCACAAAAAGGUCUACAUUUACGAGAUUACCAGCGCCUCGACACCACUAACGUGCCUGGAUGCUCAUACAAAUAAUGUAACCUCCGUAUCCUUCCACAGCGAAGGCAAGUGGUUAGUGACGGGUAGUGAAGACGGCACCAUCAGAAUAUGGGAUCUUCGAAGUACACAAGUGCAUAGAACGUACGAUAACGGCGCCCCUGGCAAGUUUUAUCCCUUCUUUCUGAAUGAUGUCUGUGUCCAUCCAAAUCAGGGGGAGCUCAUAUCCUGCGAUCAAGCGGGUUGCAUCAAGCAAUGGGAUUUAUCCGAAAAUCUUUGCUCGCACGAACUGACGCCUGCAGGCGACGUUCCUAUUCGGUCUGUCAGCUUGGCAUCUGAUGGCUCUUGCCUAGUUGCUGGAAAUAAUAAGGGCAAAUGCUACGUCUGGAAAAUUAACGAGGAGAAAUCAGAUCUACCUCGUUACCAGGCAGUGACAAAGUUCAGCGCCCAUAAGAAGUACCUCACUAGGGUAUUAUUAAGUCCAGAUGUGAAAUAUCUUGCCACGUGCUCUGCAGAUACCACCGUGAAGAUAUGGUCUAUAUCACAAAAUUAUGAAUUCAGACAAGAGAAGGUUCUUCAAGGUCACCAGCGAUGGGUUUGGGAUUGCGCGUUCAGUGCUGACUCAGCUUAUCUUGUUACAGCGUCUUCGGAUCACACUGCCCGGCUUUGGGAGAUGGCAUCGGGAGAGACUGUGCGACAGUAUAAUGGCCAUCAUAAAGGCGAGACGCCUCCAGCGGCUGUUUGCUGUGCACUCCACGAUGGUGCUGGAUAG